CGGGUUUCCUGUUUUUUUUUUUUUGGUGGGGGGGGAAACAUUAGGAACGGGCUCUGAAGUACACAUUCGCGUUUAAUAAAUCUAAGAAACCCCCUAUCACAGAAGGAUCUCUAUACACUUUUUUUUUUAAUUGUUUUCAUGGUAUUAAAUAUGACAGAAGGACCGGUGAAGAAACCGGUGAACGGUAAUGGUUGUUGUCGUACUUCUAACGGGGUGAAACCGGGGAUGAAUGGCUGUGUGAAGAACCAUCUGUAUCAGCAACACUCGUACUGUUCUUCAGACGAAAAGUCUUCACAUAUCUGUCAUAAUGGAGGAAUAUAUAAGCGACCGUUCAAAGAAUCCUUUGAAGAGACUCCUAUGUUGGUUGCCGUUCUCACGUACAUGGGCUAUGGUAUUCUGACACUCUUUGGAUAUCUUCGGGACUUCUUAAGAGAGUGGAAGAUUGAGAAAUGCCACAAUGCAACAGAACGGGAGGAACAGAAGGAUUUUGUCCCACUUUAUCAAGAUUUUGAGAACUUUUACACAAGAAAUUUGUAUAUGCGCAUUCGAGACAGCUGGAACAGACCAAUCUGCAGUGUUCCUGGAGCAAAGUUUGACAUUUUGGAAAGGGUAUCCUAUGACUACAAUUGGACAUUUAAAUAUACUGGUAGAAUUGUAAAUGAUGUUAUCAAUAUGGGAUCCUAUAAUUAUCUUGGUUUUGCCGAGAACAGUGGUGUGUGUGCUGAUGCUGCUGCUGAGAUGACACUAAAAUAUGGUGUUGGAGUAUGCAGCACAAGAAGAGAAAUAGGUAAUUUGGAUAAACAUGAAGAACUGGAAAAGCUAGUUGCUAAAUUUCUAGGUGUUGAGGCAUCUAUGGCAUUUGGCAUGGGAUUUGCAACUAACUCCAUGAACAUUCCAGCACUUGUUGGCAAGGGGUGUCUCAUAUUGAGUGAUGAGCUAAAUCAUGCAUCAUUGGUUCUGGGAGCAAGACUUUCUGGAGCAACUAUCAGAGUUUUCAAACACAACAAUAUGCAAAGUCUGGAGAAGCUCCUCAAAGAUGCCAUUGUUCACGGACAGCCCCGUACUCAUCGACCAUGGAAAAAAAUACUUAUAUUGGUUGAAGGAAUUUAUAGCAUGGAAGGCUCUAUUGUUCAUUUGCCUGAUAUUAUUGCUUUAAAGAAGAAAUACAAAGCUUAUCUUUAUCUAGAUGAGGCUCACAGUAUUGGAGCUCUGGGGCCAACUGGAAGGGGUGUAGUUGAGUACUUUGGAUUGGAUCCUAGAGAUGUUGACAUCAUGAUGGGUACCUUCACAAAAAGCUUUGGAGCUGCUGGUGGCUACAUUGGUGGAACAAAGGAGCUCGUCGAUUACCUUCGUACCCACUCCCAUAGUGCUGUUUAUGCCACAUCAAUGUCACCCCCUGUAGUAGAACAGAUCAUUACAUCCAUGAAAUGUAUUAUGGGUGAAGAUGGCACAACGCUAGGUCAAGAACGUGUUCAGCAGUUGGCAGAAAAUACUAGAUACUUCAGGAGAAAACUCCAGGAGAUGGGAUUCAUCAUCUAUGGAAAUGAUGAUUCCCCUGUGGUGCCUAUGAUGUUGUACAUGCCUGCUAAAAUUGGCGCAUUUGGAAGGGAGAUGUUGAAGAGAAAUAUUGGUGUGGUUGUGGUUGGUUUUCCUGCAACACCAAUAAUUGAAUCUCGAGCCAGGUUUUGUGUGUCUGCAGCUCACACUAAAGAAAUGCUUGAUACAGCCUUAAAUGUGAUCAACGAAGUAGGCGACUUGUUGCAGUUGAAGUAUUCCCGGCACAGAUUAGUUCCAUUGCUUGAUCGACCAUUUGAUGAAACAACUUAUGAAGAAAAUGAAGACUGAAAAACAUUCACAUGACAAUACACUGCAAAGUUUGAAGCGUUCAGUGCAGUAUCCAAGGUCAAAGAUCUGAUUGCUACAUUGAGCUAAUGAUGGCACAGCAGUGUACACCAAAAUUGAUCUCUUCCAAAUUGGUAUACUUUCAAAGUGUAAAAAAUAACAGUUUAAUUAUCUGAAGUGUAUUUAUUGACUCGUGCUUUCUGAUUCUUUUUCUUGACCUCUUUAAAACAUUUUUCUUAAGCUUGUGCACUAUUUCUUACUGACAUUUAAUGUUUCAGGAAUAACAUUUCUGUGCAAUAGUUUUGACUUUGAACCUCUCUUAUGUUUUUGUUUUUUUUUUUAAUUUUGUUUGUUUUGUUUUUUUUAUUUUGUUUUGGAUUUUUUAACAACUGGUCCUGAUGUUCUCAGUGUUUUUUGGUAAUUUUUAGCACACUAGGAUAUUUUGUAUUGUCAUAUCAGUCCAAGGAGAACCUGGGUAAAGUGACACAGGUUUUUCAGGGGUUUUGGGGCAUUCACAGACUUGAGGAUUAGUUUCGGAAAUGACCAAGAAGAUAAUAUACAGUUGAUAAAUGGUAUUUAAAAUGAAAAAGAUCUUUUUUUUUUUUUUUGCAAUUUGUAUUGUGAAUUCCAAAGAUUUCUGUCUUAAUAUUAUGUUCGAAACAUAUUAUUAAUAUGUUUGUUUUCAUUCACAUCUUCUUUAUAUUAUAAAUCCUUCAAGCCUAGUUUGCCUUCAGAACUGUUCUAAUGCCACCAAACACUUUAUGUUAACGUCCAUUUCUUUUUCAUUAGUAGCUGAAUCAUUUGUCACUGCUUUCUUUUUCUUAAAGGAUUUUUUUAUAUAUACAUUUUUCUUUGUCUCCUACAAAAAGGGCAUUGAUGCUUCUUUCUUGAAAUACUCAUUCUUCCUCAGUGGAACGUGCAUAUUGUAUCUAGAUGCAUUCCUAUAUUUAUUAUGAUUUUUAAUGCAUUGAUCAAGAUUAUACAUUUUCCAUGUCAAUGGCAGCUCCAUAUAUUCUAACUGCAUGUAUGUUUAUAGACUGCAUGCACUCAGUGCAGAUACUACUGACAAGUAUUUUUGUUGCAGUUUAAUUGAAAAUGCAUGUAUGAAGUAGUCACUGAGGCUGCUAUUGUGUUGUAUGAGGUGCUGAAGUACACAUUGCACAUUCAUUAUUUGUCACUUGUUACAAAUGUGCUUUUUUUAAUUACAUUGAAUGUCAUUUAUGAACUGAUACAUUUUAAACAAAACUUGAUUUUGGUGAUUCACUGAAUACCUGCCAUAGUAGUUCAAAUACUGCUUAAGUGGUAAAAUGUAAACUAUUAAAGGCACAUGCAGUUAAUUGUUUCACUGAAAAUGGAGAUCUUUUUGGAAAUUGUAUGUCUACUUUGAAGAAUUAUUAAAACGUUACAGUAGGUCUUUUUGAACAAAGACUACCAAACUAACAGCUCUUUGAAACAACAGUGUUCCUUCAUUGAAUGUGUGCAUAACUGGUUGUGUUUCAUUGUAUGACGUUAUUAGAGUUUUGUUUUAUUUUACCUAUGGAACACAAUCGCAGAUUAUCAUUGUAAAUUAGUCCCAUGUCAUUUAGUAAUAUUGUCAAUUUUCUAAUUUGUUUUAUGACCAAAGUCCUUUUCAUUUCAAGUGUUUUUUUUUUUUUCUGACUCAUGUUACAUCCCUUUUAAAAAGAGUUUUAAACUUUCACAAUAGGUAAUUAUUUCAGUACCGAUAAUUUAUUAUAUACUCUUAUGAAUGAGCAAUAUAAAUAUGUUCUUUUGAACAAUGUUUAAUAAUCAUUUGUCCAGUCGGAUUUAAGAUUGUGCCAUUUUAAAAACUUUGUUUUAAAAAAAAAAGUAUAAUAAAUGUGGCAUUCUCAAGUUAUAUUUUGCUGUGUAUAGUGAAUGUUUUGACUAUGCACAGCAAGUUACCAUAGGGCUUCUAAUAUUCAAACUAUGGACAUUACUGUGUUCUGCUAACUGACGUGAAAAUUGUAUUUUUACUGAAAUGAAAAUAUAUAUAGUAACACUGUUUUGUGUAUAAGCACCAGCACUAUAUAUUCCAAUAAAUUAAUCCUACAACUGCAAAAUAAAGUUCACUGUUUGUACGUGAAUGGUAA